AUAUACAGUAUAUAGCCCAUGUAAUUUGCGUCGACAACAGACACAGCCACAGCAACAGCCAAAGCCAUGGUGAUAAGCAAACCCGAUUCGACGCCAAAUGGGGGGGCAGCGGCGGCGGCGUCGACAGCGGGGCCGGCUGCAGCCGCAGCAUCUGCUUGUCUGGACUCAGCCGCGAAUAGUAUGGCACAUCGAUCGGGCAUACCGCAGGAUCAAAUAGACAAUAUUAUGAGCAGCAUUGCCAACACGGGCAAUGUCAAAAUGAACAAUCAUCGCAAGAAGCUGCGUCAAAGAUUUGAUAUUAUUAAGAAAUUAGGUCAAGGCACUUACGGCAAAGUGCAGCUUGGUAUUAAUAAGGAAACGGGCCAGGAGGUGGCCAUUAAAACGAUAAAGAAAUGCAAAAUCGAGGCAGAGGCGGAUCUGGUGCGCAUUCGACGAGAGGUGCAAAUCAUGAGCUCAGUGCAGCAUCCCAACAUUAUCCACAUAUACGAAGUAUUUGAGAACCGCGAGAAAAUGGUGCUAGUUAUGGAGUUUGCCGCUGGCGGUGAGCUAUAUGACUACCUGUCAGAACGCAAGGUGCUCUGCGAGGAGGAGGCACGUCGCAUCUUUCGUCAGGUUGCAACGGCCGUCUACUAUUGUCACAAACACAAGAUUUGCCAUCGCGAUCUGAAGCUGGAAAACAUACUGCUUGAUGAACAGGGCAAUGCAAAGAUUGCCGACUUUGGUUUGUCGAAUGUGUUCGAUGAUCAGCGCCUGCUUGGCACCUUCUGCGGAUCACCGUUGUAUGCCUCGCCGGAGAUUGUGGAGGGUACACCGUACCAGGGACCCGAGGUGGACUGCUGGUCACUGGGCGUUCUGCUCUAUACUCUAGUCUACGGUUCCAUGCCCUUCGAUGGCUCCAACUUUAAAAGACUUGUCAAACAGAUCAGUCAGGGCGACUACUAUGAGCCGCGCAAGCCGUCGCGUGCCUCCACCCUCAUUCGGGACAUGCUGACGGUGUGUCCGCGGAAGCGAGCCACCAUCGAGCAGAUCUGUUCGCAUUGGUGGGUCAACGAGAAUGAUAAUGUCUCCUGUCUGGAUUUGGCCGAGGAUUUGGCCAAUCAGACACCAGUGCGCCUCGAUGUCCUCCUCUCGCUGACGCCGGUUGCCAUCACAGCGGAUCAGCUAGUGGUGCCAUCGGCAGAAGGUGCCGCAGCAGCAGCAGCGGCCAAUGAGCGUGUUCAACGCUCGCAUUCAGUGGGCUCCAUACGUGAUAUGGGUGCGCCCAACACGGAGGCAGAGCGUCGCAUUCUGGACAUGGUUGCUGCUGGCGGAGAGGCUGCACUGAUGCCAUCACCCACACGCACCAUAACGCCCGCCCAGAGUCCCGUGCAGACGAAGCGCAAACUGCAGCCGACUGUGUCCACGGAGAAUGCCGCCGGCACCACGGCCAAAAAGAAGGAGAAACCGGCAAACAAUGCAUCAUUUGUCAUUAGCGGCGAAGCCACAGUGCCAACAACCACAGCACCAUCAGUACCAUCAUCAUUGACUGCGCCCCAGGCAAUGGAAACUGAGAGCGUUCUCUCUGCUGAGGAGUCGCCAGCAUCGUCAUCUUAUUCGCCACAGGAUAUGCAACAAGUGGGCAAUCUUUGCGAGCAACUCAUUGGCGAACCUGUUGCGUCAACCACACCACCCGUCACUUCAGUGCCCCGUCAAGCGACACGCGCCAAACUGGACGCUGUGGCGGAAACGCCCGAAGAGAAGGAUGCCACCAAAGUGAUCAAAAAGUUUGUGAACAAACACAAGACCGCCGAUCUGGUGAACGCCAUCAAUGAGAGCACCACGAACAAGGCGGUCGCGACCACGCCCAGCAGCAAUACAACUGCAGUCGCGCAGCAGCCACCGCCCUUCAUUCGCAAGUGUAGCCUGCAGGACGAGUCCACGCUGAACAAAUUCAAUGCCGAGCGUCGCAAGUCACGCAUCCUGGAAACCGCGGAAAAGUUUCAACCACCGCCGCCAGUAACAGCGGCUGCCGCCGCUCCGGAGAAGCCGAAGAAGCUCAGCAUACCCGGCGUCAGUGUGGGCAGCUUUAAAAAGGAAUACGAGCGCAAGGCAACGAAUCCGACACCCGUGAGCGGACCGACGCCGGGCGAGCGUCGCGCCCAGGAGCAGGUGGCCGCCGCAGCAGCCGCUGCACAAGAGGCUGAGGCCCAAGAGGCCCUAAACACGCCACCAGCAUCACCCUCACCGGUGGCUGCGUCUGGCAACUUGGAGGGCAGCGAUUCCAAGAAUUCAGUAGCCUCCAUAUCACUGGACGAGGCGCGUCGCUCCAUGGAGAACUCAAUUGCGCUGCUGCGGCAGGCGCAGAACGAGUCCAGCAAAGAGCUGGACCAGCUGUGCGCCCAAACCGAGACGAUUGGCGUCAGUGAGCCAACGCCGGAGGAGCGCGAGCGUAAGUUGAAGAAUGCGCGCGCCAUUAUCGGAAAUGCCAUACAGCCGGUGAUACGCAGGCCAACACCAUUAUUUGGCAUCGGCAAUGGCUUUGGCAGCGGCGCUGGCGCUGGCGCCGGCGGGGUUGGGGGCGGUGUCUUUGCACCGAUGCGCACUGAAAGCAACAAUAAUUUCAUUGGCAACAUGAACAACAAUAACAACAACAACAACAGCAGCAACAGCAACAGCAGUAGUCCAAUCACUGCAUUGGCAGCCGCCAAGCAAACGAUACAGCAGCGUCUCUUUGCGGCCGGCUUACCGGGACCCACAAGACCAACAAUGCAACAGCAACAGCAGCAGGCACGAGCGGUCAUUUGGCAGCCGCAGGCCGCUUACAGCACUGCGAGCAUAUUCCAACCCAGCUGCAGUCCGUUCCGGCAGCUGCAGCAGCAGUAUCAGCAAAAAUGCCAGGAGUUAGCGCAGCAGCAGCCACGUUCAUUCAGCAAUGCGUUGUUUACGCCGCCGCCCUCGCCGCUGUACGCCCCCAGCCAUGCCCACGUCCAAGCCAGCAGCAACCACAACAACAGCAACAACAACAACAACAACAGCAACAACACGAUGCCUAUUAUCAAUUACAAUGUCAGCUCGCGCACGAGACCAUUUCAUAAUCAAGCUCAAGACACUCUCAAUAAUACAUCUGCCUUGCCUGCGGCUAUGUGGCUGAAAUCUUCACCGGGCGGCGAUGCUGGAGGAGCUGCAGGCGGUGCAGUUAAAACGUCGACUGCAUCGAUAACACUGAAGUCAGCGACGUUGCCGCGUCGCAAAAUCAAUGCCAAAUCCGAGGUGCAGCUGGACAUUAAACCACGCAUUGCGGAGCAGCCGCCGCAGCCGGCGAUGCGCUUCAGCACCGAGAUGCAGCAUCCUGUGGCCGAUUUGCGCAGUGCACCACCACGCGAAGGUCCCUUGCCGUACAGCCCCAUUAAGACGACGCUGCAGGCGCGAGCCACCAGUCUGGAGCCCAAAGAGCACAUCAUCACAAUACAGCGGCCGCCAACGCAACAAGCAUAUGGACGCACUAACUCCAACUCCACGACCACACGUUCCGGUUCGCUGUCACGUCAAUCCACUGCUGAUUCCGAGACAGAAUCAACAACCACCAUGCAAUCGCAAUCAACGAUUGCUGGCGGCCCGGGCAUCUCGCAACCGAUUAAGAAGAGUCCACGCGAAUUUAUCAUACCGAUUGCCGUGGAGGGUGGCGGCUUCAUAACGCCGCGUGAGCGCAGCAUUGAGCCAUCCGAGUCAAGUCACACAACUGCUUCCAGUCGCUCAACAUUCAGCCGACUACGUCCAUCGCAUCGCAUUGGUUCACUGCUCAGCGAGACCGGGUUCGAUGAGGGUUCGCCAUUCCAAACGAUGCGCACAGCUACGCGUGAUGGCGGCGACGAUGAGUCGCUAUUCACUCCGCACAGACUUAGAAGUUCGAGGCCUGUCAAGAAAAUUAGCCAGGAUAACGACUCGCAGAGCUCUGGCGAGGAGGAUGACGAUGAUGGCUUUGAGAUACUUACUGCGGAGAACCUAUUUUCAACUUUACUGCAACGCGUGCGUGCGCUUACGAAUCGGAUGAACGUAAACAGUGAACUGACAGCCGGCUUUCCCAGUCAUUCUAGUCGUCUGCUAACGGAUAUUUCGAGGCAGGCACAAGGUCACCGGCCAUUCUGGGGUCAGAGCAGUCCCUUCGGCAGUGAGCAUAGGUCGCAAGUCAGCUAUAGCUAUACUCAAACGGUAGAAAAGAAGCAAGUUCGCCUGAACAGCGCGAGCAAUAGCAGCGGUCUUGGUGCGCCCUGGCGUCACAGCAUGUCCCGGGAUCUGGGCAGCGAUAUGGAGUCGAUGUUCUCGCGCACGGGCGCCACGCUGCCAAGAGGCCACAACGCAAAGGGUUUAAAUGCGAGCAGCAAGCCUCGAUCAGCGGCCAGCAACGGUGAGGAGAAUGAAGAUAGCCAAAAACCAGUGAAUGCAACAAAUGCCACAGAUGCCAGUGGUGAGGAGCCAUUGGAUCUGGCCGAUUUGGAUUUGUCGCGUUUGCGGCUGAGCAAAAAGGAUCUCGAAACGCUGUCGAGCAUCACACCUGGUCUGCCCAAAUGCUUUCAGGAGCAACUGUUAGCCAAGCUCCCGCCCACACAGGCGCGCAAAUUAUCCCGGACACUAAGCGUCCAAAAUGGUGCGACAAGCACAACCACACCCUCUAUCAAGGUGUACAAGCGCAGCCAGAGCAGCGGACGUGGCUAUCUGCCUGAGCAGCCAGAGGAGGAUAGCAAACCGAAACCACUAACGGAUGCGCCCAAGACGACAGCGGCCAGCACGGCCAUCUAUCGACGCAGUCUGAGUAGGGCGCCCAGCCAGGGACCACAGGGAACGCAGGAAGCGGCCAGUGCCACCACCAAAAGUCGCAGCAGCAGCGUCUGUCGGGAUGAGCAUGGCAAAUCGUCGUUGUGCAGCAGCAGCUACACCAGUGACAUCAAUGACAAGUACAAAUAUUAUUCGCCAUAUUUGAGCAAGUCCAGCAAUGCGACGACAACGCUGACGAAGGAGGUGCCGGAAAAGCGUUAUAGCGCUGCAUUGGGGCGUCCACCGAGUGGCUACCUAUCGCCGCCGCCACAGGCACCCGGUGGUGCCACCGUCACCGAUGGCAGCAGCUCCCUGCGUGGACGCUCCUCGCAGCGCCGAAUCUCACGCUUUCUGCGGCCCGACUUCUUCGACGAGCCACGCGAGCGCGACUCUCAAAGUGUGCUGCACGAGAUACGCGAAAAGUCCAGCGAUCGUAUAGAGUCAACGGAUCUGCGCCAUCGCAAGCACAGCCUGCCCAAUGUGGAAUCCGAGGCGGAGGCCAGCCAAACAACGAACAGGCAUGCCCGCAACAAGAGCAUGGAACAGUUUACUGACGCCGACACUGUCACAGAGCCACAGCAGCCACCACCUGAGAAGCGACGCAGCCAGUCGCGUUCCCGUGAACUGGAAACGGAGCUGGACAAGCACGAAUUGGCGAACAAGAUACUACAAGAGCUGCAGCUUCUAUCCGCAGUGCGUACCCAGACCGAGCAGACAGCUGCUGAAACUCCCAGAGUUGACAGAUCCGAAGAGACGUCCACCAUCAAAAAAUUAAAGAAGACAAAGUCCAAGGAGAAGAGCGCGGAGCCAAUUAACGAAAUAGAGGCCAGCAAAUCAAUCGCAACCACAACGACUACAUCAACGACGCUCGUGCGAAAAAUCAAAAAGAUUGCCAAAAAAUCAACGGAUGAAACUGCAACACAGCAACCACAGCCUGAAAUCCAAUCCACUGAUGUGCCCGCAUCGAAGGAGACUAAACUGAAACGCCCCAAAUCCUAUCCCAUGAAGGAUCUAAGUCUGAGUCUUAAGGCCAAUGCGGAAUUGCCUUUGGCCGAGCCAACAAUUACGGCACUGCCCAGUAAGUUGCCCAGCAAGUUACCUAUAGCAGGAAUAGAAGCGUCUGUUGAUGGAGCACCCAGGGAAAGCCGUCUGAUGCGUCCCAAAAGCUAUCCGGCCACCAAGCUGACUAUGCCCAAGGAUGUCCGAAAGGUUACGCGCAGCGGUGCAGCAAUACCCAAUAUUUCAGAGACUCCACUGCCUACCGCCACUGCAUUAAGCUCCAAGUCCACUUCAGAGGAGAAGUCACUAUCGGUCACGCCCACUGGAACAACAGCCACGGUCACGGAUAAGGACACCAACUCGUCAUCGACAGAGUCGCGACCAACGACAAUUAAGAAAUUGAUCAAAGUCUCCAAGAAAUCAAAGCUGGUGCCUCCCACACCCGUCACCCCAUCCACGCCAACAACAACAACGACAACCACGCCAGCGGACAGCUCAAAGGAGUCGAGUCCUGUGAUUAAAUCAAAGGAGAAAUCACCAGAAAAGAAACCCAGCAAGGGCCUCCUCUAUGCCAUUGGCCAAAAGUUCGAGAGGCUGCGCGACUCUGCAAUGAGCAAAGAGAAGAAGACAAGCAGCCCAAGUUCAACAGCCCUCGCCUGCACACAGAAGCAAGGUUCGCCCGAGGAGCGCAGCUCCCCGGAGAAGUCAAUUGGCACGCUGCAGCGCAAGAAGAAGACCCAGGAGCCAGUGGAAGCGACGGCCACAACAGAGGAUAAGCGUGUCGAUAAGCGAUCCCGUUUCGACAGCAUGCUACGCUCGCUGCGUGAACGAUCCGUGCCACGCACACAGCCCGCCUCCGCAGCGAGUGUCAGUCCCAAGCGAUCAGCCAGCGUUGAGGAGCUGCACGCUGCAAGCGGCAGCAACAGCAGCGGUGGCAAACAAAGUGGUACGGUUAACAAAAUGCUGGGCGGUCUGUUGCGACGCUUCGAUCGGGAGAGCAGCGAACAGAGACGCGUGCGCAGCACACGUUCCACCAGCAACAUUGAGCGACAGGUGCGCGAGGAACCGGAUGCCUCGCUGCCCACAUCACCCAUCUACCAGAACGUGGUGGCCAAAACGAAAGUAACCGCUGAGGUUAAUUGCAACUGUGAGACGAUCUGUCCGGACUGCAUACAGAAUCGGGGAGCAACAGCAUCGGCGAGCACAGCAGCAAGUACAACGACGACAACGACGACUCCGACGAUGACGACGACGCUGCAAAGCAACAAGGAGAAGCGGAAGGGUCUCAUGCUCGAUCUGAGCAAUGCGACAAGCGGAGCAACUGGAGCGAGCACUGCAACAACAACCACAACCAAUACUAGUGGCAACUAUCGGGGGGCCAAAACCAAUCCCGCUCUGCCUAAUGGCAAUGGUUUGUAUUCGAAUUUGCCGCCAUAUCCGGGCGCGGUGAAGAGCGCCUCGUCAAACAACAGCUCGAGUCAGCAGUCAGUGGAUAAUGCCACCAACAACAACUCCAUCAAUACCAACAACAACUGCAGCUCACAGACGUCGGGCUACCGCACCUCGUCGGCGCAUGAGAUCAAUCGGAAUAAUCUGCUGACGCCAUCGUUUGAGAACAUUGCCAACUAUUCGUCGGAUUCGCGCAGCUAUCAGGACGACUGCGCUUCAACUUCGACGUUUAUGUCGCCCACCGAGGAGCCGGAGUUGUACUUUGACAAUUGGUCCAUUUGCUCCGAGGAUAACUAUAUGUUGCAUGCAACGCCAUCGCCGACAGUGUCGCGUCUCUCACGCGCCUCCCAACUCUCCUCGCCCACACGCUGCUCGGAGAGCUCCGAUCCCAAUGAGAGUGUCAUCGAUCGCAUCAAGCGUCGCAGUUUCUACAGUCGUUUCAAUGAGCAGAAGCCUCGACGCACCAGCAGCAUUGUGGGUCCCUCGGCAGUGCGCGAUUAUUAUCGGGAGCAGCAGGCCGCUGUGAAAGCGCGCUCCAGCCAGAAGUUGCAUGCCCCCGAGGUGGAGACGCGCGCCCAUUCGCCAGACAUUGCACAGCAGUUCUUCAGGCCACUCAAGUUGAGUCCCGUCGGCACCGAGCUGAAGCCGCCCGUCUAUCGCUCGCCGUUGGACUAUUCCACAACGUCGUCGGCGGGUGCGACAAGCAAGCCACGCAAGAGCCUCAAUGACAUUCGCAACACAUCGCCCUCGUUCCUAAGCUCUAAGCGCUAUGAGACUCACGAUUACAGCUCGGUGCCCAUGCGCUACAAGAGCUCCUCCAGCUCGAGUCCAAGCAAUGGUGCCGUUGGCGGCAUCAAUAGCUACUACAGCACAUACAAUCCCAAGCGUCGCUCCUCCUACACGCUAAACGGCAACGGGCAUCUGGCAUCGGGUAGCGCUAGUAGUCAUCAUCAUAGCACUGCCGUCAGUAGUCAUUUGGAUGGCUAUGCGACUUUGGGUCGUCGCUCCAUUCGACCAUAUGAUCAUCGCACCAUGUCACUGCUGGAGCCGCCAACCAGCGCCGGCACAAGCAGCAGCAGUGCCGGUGGCAGCUACCACAGACGUGAGGCACGCACCCCGGCACGUGACUACACCUCGAGCGUUUCGCGCUCUGGAUCGCGUUAUCGUACCUCGUCGGCAACGCGCAGUCCGACAAACAUUUGAUGUUCCACACCGCAGAAUGGUUUCUGCAUCUUCUGCUACUACUCCAAGCGAAAAAAGGCGGACCAUGCCGCGGCUACUGGGAAGACGCCGCCAAACACAACUGCCUCCUCGUCGGCCUCGGCUUCAUCCUCGCGUGCCAGCAGUGGCGGCAUCAAGAAGCUGUUGCAACCCGCACAAACACCCCAUCAUAAUCAGCAUAGGUUCUAGGCGAUUGUAGUACUUAAUGCUGCCAAAUUUUAGACACAACCAAAUUAUAGAAUGAAGCCCACUUUGAGUGCACCCAUUUUAGGCCUAACUAAUUUUUGAUAUUUUUUUAUAUAGCCAAAGUUAAAAUUUAGUGCAGGCUGCCUUGCAGCUCUGCUUCUAGUUGUCCCAGUAACUAAAUCAGACACAUAUUGUACUUAGCGAUGUUUCAGAAAAGAAAGAAAAAAUCAAAAACAAAACAAGUAUAAAAAAUAAACCGUAGUUCAAUAAUGCAUAAUGGUAUUGGUUUAAAAAUCCAAUGGCGACCUUAAAAAGCCGACUAUUAUUGCCAUAUACGAUUUUCAAAUGAUUGUGCCUUGGUUCCUUCGGCGUUUUUAGAUUUAGCCCUAGAUAUAAAGUUGAUUUAAUUCGUAAGCAGGGGAAAGUAACAUAAACAGAUAGUUGAGAAAAGUUAGUUUUUUAACAGAUGUUUCAGAAAUAUUUUAUAUGCUAUUUUUAAGAGCCUCGCGCCAAAAAAAUGCGUUAAAAUUUUAUCAAUAAUUUUAACUACAAUUUUUUUUGCAAAUACAGAACUGAAUGAUUAUUUGAGAUUUUAAGAGUGUUGCGAUGAUAAUGAAGCUUUCUUUCGUUAACUAGGACUAUUGAUGUUAUUGCAAAAUAAUAGAAGAUAUGUACGUGUAGGAAUAACGUGAGCGAAAGAUUCGAAUGUAGCGAAAACAAUAAGCGAAUUUAAAAUCUAGUGGGUAGAAUAUUUCAAGUUUGAAAAUGUAAUAAAGCAUGAGAAUACAAAACAUUUUUUAAAAAUCAAUAAACACCAAUUACAAAUACAAUCUCU